UCCGGACGCACGGCGCGCCACACACGCGCGCACUUAUAAUGAAAGGCGCUCACGCGUCAUCUGCAUUGGGGAGCGUGAACACAAGUGCAGUCUUUAUCUCUAUGCAUAGAAAAAGCCAACCCCGUGUUGGUCACAUGUGCAUGAGUGAUGAAGCUCGGUCUCAUCCUUCCAUUACGCACCGGCCCCUCUAAGCAGUACCCCGUUGGUGCCGCGGACUGGAGGACCUUCGCUGAGUUGUACACGAGGACCACGCGGACCCCUCUGAUAGAAUCGACGACUUUGUCUGCCAAUUUAUUUCACUGAAUGGCGUCAAAUUCGCACUAUUGCUGCUGGGGCAACACCGCACAAGUCGGAGCGUGCUUUUGCAUUCGGACCAGGAAGUUCCAGACUCCCUCCGGUUAAGUCUUCACUCUUUUUUUCUUUUGUUGUUGCAACACUUCACCAUGAUCGCCGUGCCCUGAGGGGAGAUGGAUUUAGAGGGAGGGGAGCUGAACGACUCCACUUGUUUGUCCCGGAAUGAGAGCGGCACGGGAUUGAGCGCCUCGGCCGGACUGUCCACUGCGCUGGCCAGCGUGCUGAUCUUUACCAUCGUGGUCGACAUCCUGGGCAACGUGCUCGUCAUCUUGUCCGUGUACAGGAAUAAAAAACUUAGGAAUGCAGGCAACAUCUUUGUGGUGAGUCUUUCGGUCGCUGACCUGGUGGUGGCGCUGUACCCCUACCCUCUGGUCCUGAUGGCCAUCUUCCACGACGACUGGACCAUGGGGGACCUGCACUGCCAGGCGAGCGGCUUCAUCAUGGGCAUCAGCGUCAUCGGCUCCAUCUUCAACAUCACGGCUAUUGCCAUCAACCGCUACUGCUACAUCUGCCACAGCCUGCAAUAUGACCGCGUGUUCAGCCUAAGGAAAACUUGCUGCUACCUGGGCCUGACCUGGGCUUUCACCGCCGUCGCCACGGUGCCCAACUUCUUUGUGGGCUCGCUGCAGUACGAUCCUCGCAUCUACUCCUGCACUUUCGCUCAGACUGUUAGCUCGCACUACACCGUGUCAGUGGUGGUCAUCCACUUCCUGAUCCCGCUACUGGUGGUGUCCUACUGUUACUUAAGAAUCUGGGUCCGGGUGAUUCAAGUGAAGCAUCGGGUGAAACCAGAGCAGAGGGCCAAACCAAAACCAAGUGACGUGAGGAACUUCCUGACUAUGUUCAUGGUGUUUGUGCUGUUUGCAGUUUGCUGGGCGCCGUUGAACCUCAUAGGCCUGGCGGUGGCAAUAAACCCGGCCAAAGUUGCGCCCAUUGUCCCCCAGUGGCUCUUUGUCACCAGCUACUUCAUGGCGUACUUCAACAGCUGCCUCAACGCCAUCAUAUACGGACUACUUAACCAAAACUUUCGAAAAGAAUACAAGACAAUUCUCCUUGCGCUGUGCAUCCCACGCUUGCUCCUGGUGGAAACCUCCAGAUGUGCCACAGAGGGACUCAAGAGUAAACCCUCAGCUGCUGUAACAAACAAUAAUGUAGCAGAGAUAAAUGUCUAGCAGGAAUGUUCUCCUGAGGAAAAUCGGGAAUCCCGUGUUCAACCAGUGCCUUUAGACACGGCAUGUACCAUUUCCAAAUCGUGAUGCCAUCUGUUUUCUACGGCACGUAGUCCUGUUCACGGCCACGACGGACAAGCAAAAGGCGGACUCUUCCCUGGACUGUUGGUCAGUUAUUUGUGAUCAAAGCACUGUCAAUCCCCUGUAUUACCAAUGGUGCAUAUAUAUUACAAUUUGCAGCUCCUUUUGCCAGUCUUCACCCCAUCAAAAAAAAAAAGCAUCAGCUGUGCUGGUAGAUCAUCCAAAGACUAGAAAACAAUAAGUCAGUUUUUUUUUUCUCCAUACAUUCCAACACCACAAUUCAAUUUUACAAAUGUGCUACUGACUCACUGCAUCUCUUGGCGAGAUCCAUUAUGAGCAUAUCACUAAAUGGAAGAAAAAAAUAAAAGUGUGUGCUUUGAUCUUUAGAUGCAGCAUUACUGAGAAAUAAAGGUCGCUUCUCAUAAAUGCAAUCCUUUAUCUAUUCAGUGAGGGAUUUAGUCAACACUUGUCUCAGAUCCCAAAUGUUACACACACAUACACACACACACUUAGAAUGGCGUGCCCUAGAAUAUUAAAAGGAAAGUCAACCCCACAAUUUUUUCUGCAAUAUGAUGUAUGUGACCCCACUAGUCCAAACACGACAUUCAGAUUUGUAUGAGUUAAGCAGCAAAAUUCGUCCGUUUUUGUCCAUUUCGUCACUAGCCGCCGACUGAAUAAUGACAUAGCAAUUGGCACGUCUCAAGCCACAACCAAUCACAGCUAAGCUUCAGAAAACUGGUGAGCCGUGAUUGGUUGUGACCUGGCAACUGUGAUGUCAUUUUCAAUCAACAAUGAGUGGCAAAAUUAUAGAUUCAAGUCAAGUCAAGUUUAUUUGUACAGCCCUAAAUCACAAGCAGUCUCAAAGGGCUUCAC